UAAUGGUUAGGAGGCUGUGUACUAUCGCAAAGUUCCUUUUGUCAAACUGGCAUACCUGAUACAUGCAUGCAAAAAUAAUUUACGUACCCCCUGCUAGUGCCGCAGAUUAAUCGUGCUCAGUUUCUCUGGAGAUGUGUGCCAUGAAAUAGCCAAAGACAACUGUGAAUAUCUAGUGAAGAAUCAAUCUGUUAACCUAGUAGAAGAUACAUCUUUCACCAUUUGAGGUCAAAGCUUUCAACAAAUUCAUAGCAAAUGGGGAAAAUCACAUAAACAUGUUUGUGUGGAAUAACAGAUAUAAAAGAGGACUUGCAAUAGGAAUUUUAUCAUCAAUAUGCAGCACUUGAGCAUUUUGUAUAUUUCAUUCUAACAUCCUUACAUGGAGAAGCUGGUCAAAGAAUAACAAUGUAAAAAAUAAAUAAAUGAUUUUAAAGAAGUUGAUACAGAUUGCCAGUUUUAUUUCAAAGUCCAGAAUACAAUUGUGUUGACUUCAAUAGAAAAGAACUUGAGUGAUAUUAUAUGCCACUUUGGACAUUGUGGAGUAUGGUCAUCACACCAGCAAAAAUAAAAUCUGGCUACAGGACCCAGUGAUCACACCUUAAAAGCUGAGAAAAACAAAGGUCGGUUACAAUGUACUAAUAAGUCUAAUAGUUAUACUAAAAUCUAAAUCAUUCACAAGCCUUAGGAUGGAGAUCUUGAAGAAGUCGCUGCUCCUUCCAUAGAACCUUAAGCCUCGGAAUGUUGGACCGUCAGUGACCAUUGGUCAAAUAGUUUGGAAAAAAUUAAUCAUCUCUUUUCAUACUGAAAGACAACAUUAUUAUUAUUAUUAUUAUGGAUAACAUGCUCGAGGAACUAAAUUGCCCGAUUUGCCUGGAAUUUUUCACAUGUCCUGUCAUACUCCCUUGCUCCCACAUACUGUGUCGAUCACCCUGCGCUGAGAGGUUAUUUGAACAGAACUUCAUCAGGUGUCCAGUGUGUAGGGACAACUGUUAUGUGGCUGGAGGGAUAGAUGUGUUACCCAGGGUGAUCUCUCUGGAGAAUAUCAUAGAGAGAUAUCAGGAGGAAGAGGACAUUGAAGAUGAAGAUGAUGAUGGAGAAGGCAACACAUCCAUAGGUGGCGUUCCAUGCCAACUUUGUACCAGUCAGCAUGCAAGACGAGCCAAGAAAUCAUGCAUGGACUGCAAUGCCUCGUAUUGCAGCAAUUGCUUGGAAAUCACUCACCCAAACAGGGAGCCUUUUAAUCAGCAUACCUUAGUGGCUCCCACGCGUAAUCCGCGUCCAAAAGUUGUACAGUGUUCUCAGCACAGAGAAGUGGUCAAUGCGUAUUGUGUGAGCUGUAAGAUGCUGGCAUGCGCCGUGUGCGUGCAUGCUGGAGUUCACCAGGGUCAUCGUUUGUUGCCAGUUGAUGAAGCUUUUCAAGAACUUAGGUCUAGUCUGGAAGUGAGUAUGAAGAGCACUGAGAGUAGCCAGGAAGCUGCAGCCGAGGCAGUGAAAUCGGAGGAAGAUCAACUGAAGGUUUAUCAGGAAAUAGCUGCAAGACGGCGACAAGACAUAGAUGAACAAUGUAACUCUCUCAUUGCUUUCAUCGAAGCCAAAAGACGUUUUUUCCAUUCUGACCUUGACCUAGAAGAGCAAGGCCAGGUGGCUGCAGUCAGGGUAGCAGUGAAUGACCACAAAAAACUGACCGCUGAAUCUCAAAGCCUAGUUCACUAUGCUAAACUGGUCAUGAAGGAGACAGAUCCAGCAUCGUUCUUGCAGAUUGCUGGUACAAUAAAUGAAAGAUUGAUAAAGAGCUGUGGCAGAGUGGAGGAACUUCAUAUGCCCCCAGUGGAGACGGAGAAGAUGCGGACAAAAAUCCUGGACCUCAGAAAACAAAAGGCCAUCAUGAAGGACAUGCAGUAUUUGACAGCUCCCCAGAGCCCAGCUAUAGAUGUGACCAAGUGUUCCAGGUCAUCUAACUGUGUUAUACUAGUCCUGUCUAAGAAUUCUGGCUACGAGGUGGUAGACGGCUACCAUGUCUUGUAUUGUGCCGAGGGGGAGGAGACAGAAACCCCACAGGUUUGGUUUUGA